GCGAGUGCGCGUGCUCCAGGCGCCAUGCCGGGGCAGCAUGUGUUACGCGUCCGGUCCUUGUAUAGACGCAUCUUGCAGCUGCACCGGGCUCUUCCCCCGGACCUCAAAGCCCUGGGUGACCAGUAUGUGAAGGAUGAAUUUAGGAGGCAUAAGACCGUUGGUGCCGACGAGGCCAGGCGUUUCAUGCAGGAAUGGGAGGUAUACGCAGCAGUGUUAUGGCAACAAGCUAAAGAUAACAGACAAAAUUCUACUGGAAAAGCAUGUUUUGGCGCUUCUCUCCCAGAAGAAAGACUUAAUGACUUUAGUGAUGAGCAGAUUGGACAGUUGCAGGAACUGAUGCAAGAAGCUACUAAACCCAAUAGGCAAUUUAGUCUUCCUGAUUCUUCAAAGCCGACAUGUUAGUAAAUACAAUAAAGUUUAACAAGACAUAAAACCUAGAACUUAUUUCACUUAUCUCACUUAUCAUUGGCUUUAAAAUAUAUUAUGUAUUUAAAAUGUAUAAAUGUAUUGAGAAUAACUAAAGUUUAUUAUUUCAGUUUUGAAUAUUUUUUCUUUACUUUUAAUGUAUACAAAUGAAAUAUAUGGAUCAAAAUCACUAGUAGGCAUAUUGGAGCGUGUUAUGACAUUAGUGAAAUAGCAGUAGGUGCUAGAUGGACAUUUAUUUUUGGUCUAAACAAGAAAAGCUUAAAAAUGAACAAAUUUUACUGAUAAUUUACUUGUAUAUAAAUUUGUUAUAAAUGGUAUUCUGUUACCCUUAGGGAGUUUCUUUAACUUCAUAGGUUAAAUAGAUCUCUAUAAUGAUGGGUAUAUAAUUCCAACAAGUUUAUUAUUAGACAUGUUGUCAUUCUGAAAGUUUCAUCAUUUCUACUGUAAUAGUACAUAUUAUCAUUUAGAAUAUUUCCUUCUGAACACUAUUUAUUCACUAAGAUUCAAUAUCAUGCUAUCAUCUGCAUAAUAGGUAAUACCAAGUAUGUUUCCACAGUGUGUAAAACAAAUGACCCUUUAAAUUAAAUUAUUGGCACUUGCUUUGAAAAAUAUAAUUAUAGUUCAAAUAGUUGGGGAAGUUAAAAACUGUUUUGUACUAAAGUUGAUUUAUAAAUUUAUAAAAUCAAAAAAUAAAAUAUACAUUAAAUGUG